AUGACAAGCACAGAGUUCUUAGUGUUUAUAGAUCAUUUCAUAAAACACACUAAGCCUAGUCCUGACGAGCCAGUGCUAUUACUUCUAGACAAUCAUUCAUCUCACAUUGAUAUUGAUGUGAUUGAAAAAGCCAAGAGAAAUUCUGUUAUAUUAUUAUCGUUCCCACCACACUGCACCCACCGUCUGCAACCUCUGGAUGUUGGUGUCAAUGGCCCUUUUAAAACAUACUGCUCUAAAGCUCAAAAUAACUGGCUGAGAACUAAUCCCGGGAAGGUUAUGAGCGUUUAUGAAAUACCAGGUAUAGUAAAAUACGCUUUCCCGUUAGCAGCAACACCUAUGAAUAUAUGCAACGCAUUCAAAAAGACUGGCAUUUGGCCCUAUGAUUCAAACGUAUUUACAGACGAAGAUUACGCACCGUCUUUUAUCACUGAUCGCCCGAUGCCCGAAAAUCGACCCUCACAAGGUACCGGCAACUUGCCUGUCCCUCCAAACAAUCGAGAAAAGACUCCUGAAUAUUUUGAUGAAUCAAAUUAUGUGGGCAGCAAUGUAGAGAUUGAGACUAGUCAAACAAUACUAAAGCAUGUUCCUGGGCAAAAUGACUGCAGCGUUGACUGUACAAGUGAACCAUCAGGUAAUCAAGAACAAGAAACACAGCUAAUAAGACUACUGCCUAAAGCACCUCCCCGAUUAAUUGGACAUAAUAAAAGACGUAAAAGAAAGACAGCUGUUCUUACGGACACUCCAGAGAAAAAUGCUUUGGCCGAAGAACAGGCUACUAAAAAGAAGAAGAAAGAAAGUAAAACUACAAAGAAGGUUAAGGGGAAGGGCAAGGGGAAAGGUAAACAAACAAAAAAACCGCCUAAGAAGCCCGCUAAGAGAAGAGUUUUGCAAGAUGAUGACAGUUCUGAUGAUGAACAAGAAUGGUACUGUAUCAUAUGUUGUGAUGCCUAUUCUAAUUCUGCCCCUGGAGAAAAAUGGAUUGAAUGCAGAGAAUGUAAGAAUUGGGCUCAUUUGCAAUGCAUUGAAGAUGAAGAAAGCCUAGCAUUUGUAUGUCCUAAUUGCUAUUCUGAUCAGUCAUCCAAAGAAUAA